GGGGACAGCAGCGCGGCGUGGCGCCCAUCACUCUGGCGUUCCCGCGAAACGCCAAUUUGCAGCAGGCGCCAGUUCGCUUCGCGUACGCGGCAGAAACGUGUCCGUGUUCGCGUCUUCCAAGUAUCGCGCGAUCUUCCGCAAGCGUGUAGUGCCGUGUUAACCCGUACGCGCGAGCUCGCGAGAGUGCUCGCGAUUCCCGUUCCGACGCCGAAGCUGAUGUGAUAUCCGUAAAACGAAAGAGAGAGAGAGCGCGGCAACGCCGAAGCCGAACGAGCAGGAACCGAAAUACGGCGCGACGUGCGCGACGCCGUAGCUGCACGGCCAGCACUGGGCCUCGACGGACGAUCCGUUUACCGCCCGCGAGCCGCCUGCGUAUCGUCCCCAGGACACUGGGACACGCAUCUGUCUGCAGACAGUCGUCUAUCGUUGCACUUUGGCUGAUAACUUUGUCCAAACGAGCUGGCGAAACGCGCGCGGUAUCUCGCGGAAGGACGCUCAUCUUGGAGUCGCGUUUCACGGGACUGAAAAAUCAGGCCCGACACGCGAAAGGAGGAAUAUCCAGGAGUCGAGGUAUCGUCGACGGCCUUCUGCCUGAAAUGUAUCAUAAAUAUCUCCAAAAUUUGCCCCUUCUUUAGGAGGUUAUGUAGCGCAUAUAGAGGGCGUUACAGGGCGUACAGGGGUUGGUCGUCGUUUCGCGCGCGCUCGUCGGCUCGUCUCCCGCGCUUCCAGAUCCACGUCCUCUAUUUUUGUCGGAAUAUCGUUGAAUCGCGGCUCGCACACGCCGCAAAAUAGCUCGCAGAGGAGAUAAAUGAAUUUUCCGUCCGCCAAAAUUGACAACGAACGAAAAUCCCAAGUCGCUACGUUGAAUCAAAGACUGCCGAGAGAACGUGCAUUAUGGCGAUCGGAUGCUCGUAGACUUGGCGCGCUCCUCAGCUUUUCGUCGUUUUUCCAAGGAAAUAGUUGCGCCUGAAUCAAGAAAAUCGUGUGGACGCUCGUUCCAAGGGUCUCCGUUGUCGCGUGCGAUUGGAAAAAAUUUUUUCCGCUGACAAAUAUUUUCCUUACACGUUGGCAAUCCCGCGGCAAGAUGCCACAGAACAGCUUGCAGGAAAAAAAGUCACAAACUUAUCUGCAAGGUGGCAAGGCGCAGUCUUUGAAACGGAAGAGACGUAACACCACAGAACUCUCGGAAGAUUCAGAAAACAUAUAUCCACCUAGUAAAGUACCUACACUGUCUCAUGUCUCAUAUGCGGAAUCUUGUCAAACCACCCCGUCGGUGGAUGCCACGUGUACUCUCCAACAUCAGACAUCUCCAUUAAAGGAACAGCAGGAGCCAGCUACAUGGUCUGAAUUAAGAACUGCGACCUGUUUCUUAACACCCUCAGCCUCCAAUAGCACAUCAAUUAGACCUAGUCCACUGCCGUCUCUUCCAUGGGCUGAUGGCUCUCAAGUAUGGUCUCUUAUGUGCCUUGGGGAUCAGAAAACUGUAAUUCAGAGGGAUCCAGAAAUGUUCCAAAGGCAUCCAACGUUGCAGCCACGAAUGAGAGCCAUUUUAUUAGAUUGGUUGAUCGAGGUCUGCGAGGUGUAUAAAUUACAUAGGGAGACUUAUUACCUUGCUAUGGACUAUAUAGACAGAUAUUUGUCUAUUCAUCAAGACGUACCUAAAAAUCAAUUGCAACUUAUAGGAAUAACUUGCCUUUUUAUUGCUUCUAAGGUUGAAGAGAUAUAUCCGCCUAAAAUCGCGGAAUUUGCAUACGUCACCGAUGGAGCCUGUACGGAAGAAGAAAUUUUGGGAAAGGAGUUGAUGAUCUUGAAAGGACUUGGAUGGAAUCUGUCCCCGAUAACCGCACCAGGAUGGCUCAAUAUUUACAUGCAGAUUGAAUCGGGCGAUUCAUCCAGACCAAAUACUUUCAUAUAUCCGCAGUAUGGUGGAUUGCAAUAUUCUCAAGCGGCACAACUAUUAGAUCUGGCGACUUUGGACGAAGGUUGUUUGAAGUUUCCGUACAGCCACAUAGCUGCAGCAGCAAUUUACCAUACCCAAGGAAGAGAAUGCGCAUUAAGGGUAUCCCGAUUGUCGUGGGAACAGCUUGCUCCUUGUGUAAAAUGGCUUACAGCAUUUGCUACUACCGUCGCGGAAGAGGAAUCCCAGUCUCUUUUAAGAUCUACGAUCACGCCUGUAGAAUCGCACUCUGGAUCUGGACUGAAGGCCACUGUACCUAAUAUCGUUGUAGACGAAUCGCAUCGCAUACAGACUCAUGUAGUCGAUUUGAAUAUGUUGGAAAAGGCGCAGCAGCGAUUAGCUGGAGAUAUUUCGAGCGGUUAUGUGAACGAUUCGGAUGCAAAUGUGGAAUCUGGUAGACAAAGUCCGAACGAGAGUGGCCUCUUAACUCCACCGUCUAGUAAUCAAAAGAAUUCUCCAUUAUCAACAUGCCCUACACCUCAGUUACAUCCUUAUACAUAACUAAAUAUUUGCAAGUACUUUGUAUACACAUUAUAUAUGGUAAAUUGUUAUACCGUAUAAUCGUAUAUAGAAUUACAGCACAAUAUUUCAUAUAGAAACGUGAGAUAUUUUGAAAAAACGCAGAUAUGAGGAAAUAAUGUUGAUAACACAUUGUGAACACGUUGUGACACGUUAUUGUAAAUAAUACGAUGCUUUCUAAUCGCAUCCUUUCCAUAUUGAACGAUUGUACUUUCGAAAUAACAGUAAGACUCAGUACAAGAUAUCAAGCAUUUUUUUGAAAUAAUACAUAUAAAAUAGCACAAUUAAUUCAACAUCACUUAUUUUAUUACAGACACUUGCUUUAUGGUUUUGUGUUGUCUAUAAAUACCUCUCGCAGCACAUUUAUGAUUCUAAAUAGCAGUCAUACAUGACUGCUUUCUGUGAUUGUACCCAAUACGGUGAAAUUUCGCGCGCCUUACAUUAACACAGAGAUUAGGCUCAACUUUACUACAUUAUAUACAUUGCAAAGACGUAAGAAGACGAAUAAUGUUUAUACAACAAGUGGCCUUAAAUGAUUAUUUCUACCUGUUUUUUGAAAGAGAGCUUUGUUAAUAGUAUUCUUUUAUACAAUUCGCUUUAUUGUAAUACAGUGUAUUACGGCGCAGCGGUGCGUUAUCUGGCCGGAUGAAUGCAUUUUUAUUAUGUAUAUUAUGAAAUUCUUUCCGAUGAAUGAAAUAUUAAAAACAAUUUCUUUAUAUCCUCUUAAAUUGAGAAUGAAUGGUGAGGGAUGAAAGCAGGAGAUUGAGUAUGACGGUUAAUUAAAAUAUUAAAAAAAAAGACUAAUAAUCUUUAAUGUAAGCAUUAAAAUUUUGUGGUGAAUUUGCACACCGCCUGGCAUGUAACAACAUGGCGGUUUAUACAUAUUUGUAUGAUGAAUUUGACAAUAAAUGUUUUGCAAAUUUACAUUUAAA